UAGCAACCCUAGGACCUCUUCGUUUCCGCUGUAGCCUUCUCGUCAGAUCCGCUCCCAAAAAUACUCCACAUGCCUGCCAAUUUUAGUGUUUUCCGGCUCAAUCCGCGCCUCGUGUGAUCCAUCCAUAUGAGGACGGUCCAAUUCCACCAUCCAGUUGCUCUCGAAUCAGACUGAAAAAUGAUGGGUUCACGAGGUACCAGUGCUGUGCUCUCACGAGCUGCUCGGAUGAGGCAAAAGCUGCAGUCUGCUUUGGAGGCCAGUGCACUAGACAUUGAAGAUGUUUCUUACCAACAUGCUGGGCAUGCGGCUGUCAAGGACAAUGCAAAUGAGACGCAUUUUAACAUCAAGGUAAUUUCGCCGAAGUUUGAAGGGCAGAGCCUUGUGAAGCGUCAUAGGAUGGUGUAUGAUCUCUUGACCGAUGAGUUGAACUCGGGUCUUCAUGCUAUCUCCAUUGUUGCGAAAACCCCAAAAGAGCUGGGAUCAUGAAUGUAAUUUCUUCAACUUGAUUAGUGCUUGUUCCAAAAUAAGUUGAUUGCAGCAAUAGCAUGUAGCUGCGAAUCGGUCGGUAAAACAAUUUUAUGGCAUGCAUAUUUCUCCAUGAUAAAGACAUAUUGCUGCCUUAAUUGAAGUGUGAAUUUCUGUA